UUCAUUUUUGGACAGUGUUGUCCUGGGCGUUACUGUAGUCGUUUCCCACUGUGCAAUCUUUCAGUUUUCUCUUGGCUUGUCAGCUGCGCAGUGUUUACAUUGAGCAUUUGCUUGCAACGUCAUUUUUCAUCCUUUGCUUUUUACCAAAUAAAAACGUAUUUACGUUAGUAAAUUGUAAUCAAUUUAAUGUUGGAUUCACCCCCCGGUGUUCGUGUUGUGUGAGUGUUAGCUCUCAUUUUAGCAGCGCUGGUUAGCAUGAACACUCCACCAGCUAGCAAUGAAAGCGAUAUCAAAAAACGAAUGCCCGACUGCGAAAUGGGUGACCCAAACGAAACCCGAUCCGGUCAAACGUGGCAUCAACUGCUGCUGUAUCCAUCGCCGUCGUCCUCCCAGCUUUCUUACAUCUCCGAACUGCAAACGGACGCUGGCAGUCAACCGUCAACGCCACUGCAACAACCGACGCGCGUCAGCGGAUUGUUCGGCGAGACGGACGAAAGUGCAACCAACUAUGAUUCGGGCAACUUUUCACUGUCCGAAUCGGGCUGCAAGGAGAAGGCCCCGUUCGCUACGGUGGGCACGGGCGCCGAAAUGCAUCAUCGCUUCGUGCAGCUGAACACCGAGCUGUAUCAGACGAAAACGGAACUGCUCACGUACAAGUACAAGUGGAAUGAAAUACGCAAUGAAAUCGAACUGGGGUUGAGUAAGAAAAUUGACAAAUUGUUGGAUGAAAAAAAUGAGCUCGAACAUGAGCUGGAAGAUGUGCGGAAGGAGCUGGCUCGGUUAAAGGCACAACCGUUGGAUCAGAAUGGGCGUGAUCUGUUGCGUAUCCGCUCCGAGCUGGAUGGCUUACGAUUGGAUUUGAGCUGCAAAGAAAAGGCUAAUGAAUGUUUGAAGCAAAAGAUUGUAGAUCAACAUGUGGAGAAGGAGAAUUUGGCUAUAAAACUAAAAUCCCUGGAACAUCAGCUAUUGGAUGGUAAAAAUGAAAUAUGUGGCGUGAAAGUGACGGAACAAUGGUAUAGAGAUGAACUUCACCGGUGCCAAAAUGAAAAUGCCAAAUUAAAGGAAUCAUACUCGUGCUUAGAAGCACUACUGUACAAAGAGCGUGAAGAAAAGACAGCACUUAUUGAAGAAACACAAAAGGAAGAAUUGCGAUUGAAUGAAGAGAAUCAUGCGCUGCAUCGUAGUCUAGCCAGCGCCUAUGUUGAUCGUGCCAAAGAAGUGGUAGAGAACGUAACAAAGCAACACACAGAAGAGCUGGCCAAAGAGCAGAAAGCUUCAGCAAAUCGUGUAGCAGAUUUGAUGGAAAAGAAUGAGCUGCUUAACAAACAAAACUCCGAACUGCUUGCCGUGCUUAGACAACUCCAGGAUUCUCUGCAGCAACACAAGCAACAGCUCAACGUAAUGGCCAAAAAUGAAAAGGAAGUGGAAAGAUACAUGACGCACCUACGGCAGCAACGAGAAUCCGACAAAUCGCAAAUCGAAACGCUUACUGCGCAACUGGCACGCGAAAGCUUCACCAAACGACAGAUAGAUGUCAGUGUGGAAAAACUGAAAGCGCAGGUGAAAGUUUUGUCGAUAAACUUCUCCUCCACAGAUUGGCAACGGUCGGGUGCGAAGGAAUGUGAGUCAAUUCAGCAGCAGAAUCGGGAUUUGCAGGAUCAGUGUAAUCGGUUGAUUAUCGCACAGCAGCAGCAGUUAAAAGGUGAAUUGGCCAUGUGCACGGAAAAAGCGAAUCCAAGGCGGGAUGAAAUGCUAUUGCUGGAAAACUUCCGAAGCAUUCAGUCGAAGAAUUUAGAUUUGGAGCUAAAAUUAGGUCAGUGUGCUAGCAUUGGCAAGGACAUCGAAGUAACGCCUUCCUAUAACAUCGUCAAACGAAGUGAAGAGACCAUAAGAUCGCUAAAGCAAGAUGUCGAAGAACUGGAGCAGAAGCUUUUCAGGCAACCCACAGGAAAGGGUAAGGCAACACAUGAAAAAGGACACCAAUCGUUAUGCUCACGCCACGGCUCUAGAUGCUGGGAAAGCGUAGCCCACGAUGGACUCACAAACGAGGAAGAAGAUGUUGAAAUCCGUAACUUACGCAUCAUGCUGAAAGCGAUUGAGAAUGAAAAUCGUCGUCGUCUGAAGCGUUACGAGCUAAACAACAGGACACUGUUGAAAAAGUCAAAGGAACAUGCUCGAGAGCGAAAACAGGCUGAGCAGCGUGUAGAAGAGCUGCUAAAGGAACACGAAAAGUGUGCAACGCUUCGUUGCGAGAUGUCAUCGGCACGGGAACGUUGCCUACUGAUGGAAGCGGAUUUAGAAACAUUCAAACAGGAAGCAGCCACAUUACGAUCGGAAAAGGAUCGAUUGAUAAAUCUGCUGGAGAACAACUGUCUGCUGACAACGGACCGCGACGUUUGGGGCUCGCUGAAACGAGCGUUCAAGGAGCUUCACGAAUUGAAAAAAAUGCGCAAAGAGAAUGAUCGUUUGCACGAUCAGCUUGAGCGAGAGGUGGAAAAGGCGAAGCAACUGGAAUGCUCGAUCGGCGACUGGAAGCGUGCGGCAGAAAUGCAAACGGCCGAGACGGAAGAAGUACGCGCCGAAUUGGCUGAAAAAGUACGGGAAUUAGAAGAAUCGCAACACACGCUGGUUCGAAUAACGCAGGAAAACAGUUCGCUGGAACAGAAUGCUUCGGUGGCAGGAUUGCAGGAAAAGAAUCUCACUGAAAAACUGCACGACUUGGAACGAUUAGUUCGGGUGCAAGAAAUUCGUCUUGAAACAGCACACGAACGGUUGAAGCUGUACGAACAAUCCGACGCUUUGAUUGCAGCAGCAAAAGAAACGUUCUUUAGCGAUCUGCAAUCACUACAAGAUGCAAUUCUGUUGGAAAAGCAGGAAAAAUACGAACUAGAGGAAGAAGUGCGCGAAUUGCGGCAGAAUAUGGUAAAUGCGGUUGGGAACAGUUUACAGAACUUCCAACCACGAGAUAGCUCUGCGGAAGGAAGCGGGCAUCUUUCAGCGACCGUACUGAGCCCAGAAAUGCAGUCUCUGUCAUUGUCCGUCACUAGCUUGGACAUCGAUCAGCUUCGUGCACUUGUGGAGGAAAGCUCUCGGACAAGAUAUUCACUUCAGCCGCUCCACGAAUGCGUUUCAUCACUGAAGCUGGAAAUGGACAAUCUCAAUUCCGUUUUACAAAUCGCUAAUUAUCCUCAACCACCGCAGCAACCACUACACCAUCAACAGCAACAUCAACAGCGAUUUCCGUUGUCUCUGAUGGACGAAUUGAAGGAUGCCACGAACGGUCGUUAUGGGAGUAGAUGAGUAUAGGUGUACUGGGGCCGUGUUAUCAUAAUCUGUUACACUUAGGUAGACGGGUUGGGUGGAAAAACGAUAACACAAACACAAAAUAAUGACACCACCAAUCACACCAGACAUUAAAAUACUUCUUUUGCACUCUUUUUCUAGUCUUGUAAAAUGAAAUGUACUUAGAUUUCUUUAUUCAAACGAUAA